CCCCAUCCAUCCAACCUCAUCCAACAAAAAGAACUCACACAAAGAGCAUUUCUUUUAAAACAGUGUGACAACUUAUAUUUGUUAGAAACAAAGGCAUGGAGUUCUUCUAUGUCUCUCUUCUUUGCCUAUUUGUUUUUUUGAUUUCCCUCUCCCUUCACUUCCUCUUCUACAAGAACAAAUCCGCCUUGUCCGGCCCCUUUCCUCCGGGCAAGACAGGGUGGCCUAUAGUCGGAGAGAGCCUCGAGUUUCUUUCCACUGGUUGGAAAGGCCACCCUGAAAAAUUUAUCUUCGAUCGUAUAGCUAAGUACUCUUCCAUUGUCUUCAAAACUCACCUUCUAGGUGAACAAGCCGCUGUUUUUUGUGGUGCCUCGGGCAACAAAUUCUUGUUUUCGAACGAAAACAAACUAGUACAAGCAUGGUGGCCAAAUUCUGUUAACAAAGUCUUUCCAUCUUCAACACAAACAUCUUCUAAAGAAGAAGCUAUUAAAAUGAGAAAAAUGCUACCGAAUUUUUUCAAACCCGAAGCGUUGCAACGUUACGUUGGUAUCAUGGACCAUAUAGCCCGACGUCACUUUGCUUCCGGAUGGGAAAAUAAUGAUCAAGUUGUUGUUUUCCCAUUAGCAAAACGUUACACUUUUUGGUUAGCAUGUAGAUUGUUUUUGAGUGUGGAAGAUCCUACCCAUGUGGCUAAAUUCGCAGACCCUUUCGAUGUUUUGGCUUCUGGUUUGAUUUCAAUCCCUAUAGACUUGCCUGGAACACCAUUUAAUCGAGCAAUUAAGGCUUCAAAUUUUAUUAGGAAAGAGCUAGUGGCAAUUAUUAAACAAAGGAAGAUUGAUUUGGGAGAGGGGAAAGCAUCAGCAACACAAGAUAUAUUGUCACACAUGCUCUUAACGUGUGAUGAAAAUGGGAAAUUCAUGCAGGAGUUGGAUAUUGCUGACAAGAUAUUAGGGUUGUUAAUUGGUGGACAUGAUACUGCUAGCUCUGCUUGUACUUUCAUAGUUAAGUAUCUUGCUGAGCUUCCCGAGAUCUAUCAAGGAGUUUACAAAGAGCAAAUGGAGAUAGCCAAAUCAAAAGCUCCAGGAGAAUUAUUGAACUGGGAAGACAUUAAAAAGAUGAAAUAUUCAUGGAAUGUUGCCUGUGAAGUAUUAAGACUUUCCCCACCACUUCAAGGUGCUUUUAGGGAAGCCCUUGCUGAUUUCGUCUUCAAUGGUUUCUCCAUUCCAAAAGGAUGGAAGAUAUAUUGGAGUGCCAAUUCUACCCACAAGAGUCCAGACUUCUUCCCUGAACCUGAAAAAUUUGACCCUUCAAGAUUUGAAGGAAGUGGGCCUGCUCCAUACACAUUUGUACCAUUUGGUGGAGGACCAAGAAUGUGCCCCGGAAAAGAGUAUGCUCGUCUAGAAAUUCUUGUUUUCAUGCAUCAUCUUGUUAAAAGAUUCAAGUGGGAAAAAAUUAUUCUAGAUGAGAAAAUCGUCGUCAAUCCGAUGCCGAUCCCGGCGAAGGGACUCCCCGUCCGACUCUACAGUCACAACCAGCAGGCAUGAGCAAGACUGCAAAGGCUUAUUAUAGUAACAAAUUAAAUUUGUAACUUAUAUUACUUAUUCCUUUUCAUGUUUCUUUACUUAUUGUUCUCUUUUUAUUUUUUGGUGUCCCCUUAAAUUUAUUUGGUUUGUAUCCUCUUAUUGUUAAGGCACUUUUAGAUGUGUGACCAAUAAUUAGUGUUCAAUCUCCAUAAAUUAAUUACUUGCA